GCUUCUCUCUUCCCUAUUCCAUUUUCUGAAAGGGACAUCCGUGCAUGUCAUCCGUUCCAGACUGCAAUUUACUUGAAAUUGGCAAUGAGUCAGUUCGUCGAUAAAAUGGGAAAGACUUCGUCCAAAGUCUCAUCUGGUCACUCGUGUCUACCGAGUCCGUAAUUUCACCAGUUGCGGAUUUCCCAUAGCCAUUCUGUCUUUGCAAAGUCACCAGAGCCCUCUGUCGCUUCUCUGCUACAGAAUGCUCAGGCUGUUUGUUGUCUUGGUUCUAGUCGGAUUGCUGUUAGCGUCCCUUGCCUCCUGGGUGAUAGACAGCUAUGAUACGACUUUGCACCUGAAGCGGAGUUUGGGUCAGGUCAGCGCUGAAAAUGCUGCUAAGGUCACUGGGCCCCCAUAUCCGGGUGGUGAACUGAAUAACAUAUUUUGGUUUGUACAGGUAUCCGACAUUCAUAUCAGUCGCUUCCGUGACCCACGCCGUGUUCCAGAUUUUGAGAAGUUUUGCACUGAGACUAUUGAUGUGAUCAAACCUGCUCUUGUACUUGCAACAGGUGACCUGACGGACGCAAAGACAGAAAGUAAAGUGGGUUCCCUUCAGCAUGAAGUAGAGUGGCAAGCUUACCACAAUGUUUUGAAGAGGUCACAUGUCAUGGAGCGCACCAAAUGGAUUGACAUCCGAGGAAACCAUGAUGCUUUCAACAUUAUUUCUCUGGAGAGCGUUAACAACUACUACAGAAAGUACUCGGCAGUACAGAAGGUGGGAUCAUUUCACUACAUCCACAAGACUCCAUUUGGCAAUUACUCCUUCAUCUGUGCCGAUGCCACCCUCACCCCUGGACCCAAGAGGCCUUAUAAUUUCUUUGGCAUUCUUGGCGAGGACCAAAUGAAGCAGCUGGCGGCAUUCCAAGCAGAGAGCGACAGUAGCAACCAGACCAUCUGGUUUGGUCACUACACCACCUCCACCAUCAUCUCUUCCUUCCCUGGCAUCAGGGACUUGAUGAGUUCGGCUGUGGCAUACCUGUGUGGGCACCUGCAUACCCUGGGUGGACUGAUGCCAGUUCUGCACAGCAGGCAUUCGUCCGGUACUCUGGAGCUUGAGCUUGGGGACUGGAUGGACAAUCGCAGAUAUCGCGUGCUGGCUUUUGACCAUGACCUGCUGAGUUUUGCAGACCUCAAAUUUGACGAUUGGCCUGCAGUGAUCAUCACCAACCCCAAGGAGGCGCUGUAUAUGAAGCCCGGCGUGGAGCCUCUGGAACGCAUUCGCAGCUCCACACACAUCAGGUGUCUCCUCUGUGUGAUCCUGGUGUUCUCUGUGGCCCCCAUUAGAGAGGUGCAUGUCACUGUGGAUGGCGCUCCCUGGGGGAUAGCCUACCCAGUCGGAGGUCCACUUUACGUGGUGCCCUGGGACCCCUCACUCUUCAGCAGUGGCUUACACACUAUAUCCGUGGUGGUGGAGGAUGCAGCAGACCGUGUGAAGGUUCGAGAGCAGCAGUUCACCCUGGAGGAGGACCUGACGCCCAGUUUUGGCUUUGUCCAGUCCUUUAUUCUUCUUACUGACCACUACAUUCUGGGACGUCUUGGAUUUGUGACACUGGUGCUGCUCAAUGUUGGUCUUCUUGUGGUGUUCCGAUUCCAGAGUGUUCCGGUCUGCAGAGGGGUCUUGUCUCCAGUGUACACAUCUUUACACCUCGUCAGCAAAACAGACCUAUUCUACUACUCUCUGCUUCUCUUCAACUUGUGCACAGCAAUAGGUCCCUGGUUCAUCGGUGAGGUGAUUGACGGUCAGAGUGGUGCUUGUUUUGCGUAUGGAGUGUUUGUUGAUGGAUACUUCCUGGAGGGCAGCCUCACCUACGUUGUUGGAAUUCUCCAGCUGGUCUUCUUCAACAUCCCCCUGAACUGCUACCUUUGCUGGAGCCUCCACCUGCGCUACCGUGGCAACUCCCUGGGCUCGCACCUGUGCCGGCCGGGCUGCCGGCGCUGGGUGGCGCUGGUGCACCUGGGCAUGCUGGCGCUGUUGCUAUGGCAGGCGUACUCCUGCUACUUCCUGCUGGAGGCGUACGGCGCGCUGGCCUUCGUCCUGUCGCCUGUGCGCACCUGGGCGCUGCUGCUGAGCCUCCUGCUGAUCUACCGCGCCUGGAAGGGCCCCAUGCCACACCUCCGCAGCGACAGCAAGGCCAGCUUGGCCUCGUGACCCUGCGCUAGCGCCAACGCUAGCGGGGAUUUUGAUACUGUACAAUAACGUGUUCGGGUUGGAUUUUUUCUUUUUUUUGUUACUAAAAGAUUGCUAUUAUUUCAGAUGUUCGGGUGCCAAUUUUUUUUCUCUCUCUUAUCUAUAUUCUCCCCCUCUCUCUGACACAAUACCUGCAUUUAUGUUUACCUCAUUAUGUGAAAAAGAAGAACAUUAUAUGCCGAGAGAAACCCAGUGGAGAAGAGUGGUAGCUCAGAACUGACUUUUGUUUGUACUGUGAAUGGUUCCCGUGCUGCUGAGCUCUCGGUCUGGUGACCAGAGCUUGAUCAUUUCUGAUGAUUCCAGGGUUUAGGGUUUAGGUUUAGCUGUUGACAAAUUAUACCUCUCCAGACGAAAUGUUUAACUGAUAGGUGUCUACUCCUCCUCUGCUAACCAAUGCCAUUAGUCCGGCCAGUUGGGCCUGUACCCGGUGCCAAGACAUGGCCAACACUGCCAGUCAACUCCUCUGACAAUCUCCCCACUACACACUUUUCUGUCUUUCACCCUUUUGGCACUUUCAAAGAGUUCCUUGAAUCAUCACACAACCCUGCAAGACAAAUCAGUGGACAGAUCACAUAUAUCUGAUCAAUGUCUGAUUCCUAUACUCAAAUGGCAGCAAUUCUAUUUUUUUUUUUUUAAUUAUUAUGAGAAUUAUUUCAUUUUCAAAAAUUGGAAUCAAUAUUUCAUUAUUUUGUGCUUUGAUUGUGAUCUGUAUGACAAAUUGAAA